AUGGUUGCUUGGAAGAGACUUAUUAGAUUUGUAGCUACUGACGGCAAAGUGUACCGCGGUGAGCCCAUUAUUUCUGAAAAUCAAGACCUUGGAAAAUUGGCCGAGGACGGUACAAAGUUGAGUGCCAAGUUGAUCAAGGGUGAUGAUAUAUUUUCAGAAGAUACUGUGGUAACGAACGAGGUUCUUGAAGUUUCCAAGCUUCUUGGACCCCUUGCUCCUACCGACGUCCCUAUUGUCAAAUGUGUUGGUUUGAACUAUAUGAAGCACAUCCAAGAGGGUGGAAGAACGCCUCCUCCUUAUCCAUCAAUCUUUUACAAGCCAAACUUUGCCGUUGCCGACCACGGUGAGGAUAUUCCAAUUCCCAAGAUCAGCCAAGAAAACCAGCUAGACUACGAAGGUGAGCUUUGUGUAGUCAUUGGCAAGACUGGAAAGGAUAUUAAAGAAGAGGAUGCUUUGUCAUACGUUGCCGGUUAUACCGCUGGUAAUGAUGUUUCUGCUAGAACUUGGCAGCGUGACCCGAAAUAUGCAGGUGGUGUACCUCAAUGGGGUUUCUCUAAAUCUUUUGAUAAAUAUGCUCCAUUGGGACCCGUUCUUGUUUCUACUUCGGAGAUUCAAAACCCUGGAACCUUGGAGUUGAAGACUUUAGUAAAUGGCGAAGUCAGACAACACACAAACACUGAUGAUCUGUUAUUCAAUGUGGCCAAGAUCAUUGCAUUCAUUUCUCAGGGUACCACUUUAGAAAAGGGUACAGUUAUUAUGACAGGAACACCAUCCGGUGUUGCCAUGGGCAUGAAACCUACUCCAAAGUAUCUCCAUGCCAAUGAUGUUGUUGAGGUUUAUAUUUCAUCCAUUGGAACUUUGAAAAAUAAGAUGCAUUUCAUUUAG